CGAUGGUGUAUGAGCAAAAUAACAGAAAUCCUUUUUAUACCUUCUUUUGUUUUCUCGAAUUAAACAUUUUGGACGGAAAACAAAACAAAAAAAUCAAAUAAGAAAAUGGCAGCUAACAAGGUUGCUUUCUUGUUGGUUCUUUGCCUAUGUGUUCUCUCAACCGCAGAGUUUGGAGUAGCCCAAAUCCAAACGGGAAGAAAAUGCCGAGAUCCAGACGGCGUUGACAAAAAUGGGGAUUGUCAAGGCUACUGUAGACAUAGAAUGGGUUUUCUCGGUGGCUCUUGCAUAGGCUACAGAAAUCAUUUUAUGUGUGAGUGUUAUGAUAGAUAACAAAGAUCUCACUGAUUUAAAUUCCAACUCAAAUAAUAUUGUAUCUCUUCUUUUCGAUUCUUGUUAUCGUCAACUCAAAUAUAUGACUGAUUUUAAUAAAUUCCAACUCAAAUAAUAUGUAUCUCUUCUUUUGGAUACUUUUUUUUUUGUUUUUUUGCCAUCGUAAUAUAAAUAACAGCUAGUGGGAUUC